AUGGAAGUGCUAUCUGUAGGGUUGUGCUACUUCCGAGAGCAAUGUAUCUCACAGGAGCAGUUCUACAUAAAGCAAUGCACGGAAGUGCUAUCUGUAGGGCUGUGCUACUUCCCAGAGCAAUGCAUCUCCCAGGAGCAGUUCUACAUAAAGCAAUGCACGGAAGUGCUAUCUGUAGGACUGUGCUACUUCCCAGAGCAAUGCAUCUCCCAGGAGCAGUUCUACAUAAAGCAAUGCACGGAAGUGCUAUCUGUAGGGCUGUGCUACUUCCCAGAGCAAUGCAUCUCACAGGAGCAGUUCUACAUAGAGAAAUGCACGGAAGUGCUAUCUGUAGGACUGUGCUACUUCCCAGAGCAAUGUAUCUCACAGGAGCAGUUCUACAUAAAGCAAUGCACGGAAGUGCUAUCUGUAGGGCUGUGCUACUUCCCAGAGCAAUGCAUCUCCCAGGAGCAGUUCUACAUAAAGCAAUGCACGGAAGUGCUAUCUGUAGGGCUGUGCUACUUCCCAGAGCAAUGUAUCUCCCAGGAGCAGUUCUACAUAAAGCAAUGCACGGAAGUGCUAUCUGUAGGGCUGUGCUACUUCCCAGAGCAAUGCAUCUCACAGGAGCAGUUCUACAUAGAGAAAUGCACGGAAGUGCUAUCUGUAGGGCUGUGCUACUUCCCAGAGCAAUGCAUCUCCCAGGAGCAGUUCUACAUAAAGCAAUGCACGGAAGUGCUAUCUGUAGGGCUGUGCUACUUCCCAGAGCAAUGCAUCUCCCAGGAGCAGUUCUACAUAAAGCAAUGCACGGAAGCGCUAUCUGUAGGGCUGUGCUACUUCCCAGAGCAAUGUAUCUCCCAGGAGCAGUGCCUUGCACCUGCCAAUCAGACGCUGCAGCCCGCAGCGCACUCCUCCAGGCGGCAGCUCUGUGGCCUGCGCUCGUUCCGGGAGCGGGUCUCCCAGCAGGUCCCUACGACGCGAAUCAAGGUGCUGCCGAGCACAGUCCGACAGGGGCGCUGCGGGGUCAGGGCGGGGCGCUGCCCCUGUCCCUGUCCCUAG